CCUGUCCAUGGAUUCGGAGGUGGGGGUGGUAAUCGCAGCCAUGGCUGAGGAUUCUGCGGAUGGGGAACAUGAGGAGGAAGAGGAGGAUUAGCUUGCAGAGAGCACACAGCACUCCAUUUUCCCCAACAGCCAGGAGCUUUUUCUCACCCUGACGGAAUUACCCUCCCAGCCCUCCCAAGCAACUAUCCCAGAAAAUGAAGCCAUGGAAGGGACCUUUGCUGCAAAUUUUUCAAGCCUCCCUGCUCUGUCCCGAAGGCUAUCUCAGAUAAGGCGGCGGAAACAAAAGACGAGGGAAGAAAUGUUUUUGGAAAUCAUGGAAGUGACCCGCAAUGAAAGAGCUCAUCUGAAUGAGUGGAAGGACGUGGUAGCAAAGUACAGGAAAGAUGCCAGUGAUCGUGAGGACAGGAGGGACCAACGUGAGGACAGGAGAGAUGCUCAAGAUGAGAGGAGAGAUGCUCGAGAUGAGAGAUGGAGGCAGAAAGAUCAGCGGUGGCGGGAUGCAACUCUGGGGCUGCUGAGUGAUCAAACUGACAUGCUCUGGCGUAUGGUGGAGCUUCAGGAACGGCAGCAGGAUCACAGAGUGCCGCUGCAGCCCCUGUAUCACCACCUUCCCCCCUCACCAUGUUCCUUAGCCUCCUCACCCACCAGAGGAGUAAGAAUUUCAGACAAGUUAACGAAAAGCAAAAUCCGUCUGCUGAUAAUUCACAAACAGAAAAAAGAGCUCAAUGUGUCAAGGAUGAACAACAACAAGAGCAGACAACUCUGUCAGCGGCAACAGAGGACAGUGGAUAUGGGUGCUGUCAGGCUUAUUCUGGAAUUCACUUAG